ACCGCCGGGGCAGCCAGAGAACAGGAGCUGCUUUAAGUACUUGGAGGCCGAAAAAGGUUAAAAGUGUCGUUUUUUUAAGAAGCACUCAAAGGUUGUUGGUGGAAACACACGAGUCCAGUUUGACAUUUAGGAACAGGAUCUGUGUGCCUCAGUGCUCUUCAGCGGGGGUUGGAGCUGCUGGAAGGGACCAUGGCAGUAGCUGCUAAUGCUACAUGAUCUCGGCUGGACUUACACCUACAGCUGAGCUCGCUAGAGGACAUGCAGAGACACUGGCUGUAGCAAAUGAUUUGAGAUGAAAUAUUUUGCUCCAUGGAUCUUGUUUCCUUAACGUGGACUUUGCGGGGAUGUCCAGAGGGAUUCCUUUCAGCUUUGUUGGCAAAAGUGAGUACCCUCUGCAACCGCCCAGGUCCAACAUCGUCUGACGUCCCUGUGAGCCUAAACACCUCUGAACCAAUGGAGUCUUUCUGAAGAAGCAUUCAGCGAUUGAUACGGCAACCAAUUGCCACAUACAAGACGCAGUUUACGAAGAAGUCUGGAAGAAGUCAAGAUGGCAGAAGGCUCUAGGUCCAGUCCCUGUCUCACCAUCCCCUCCAAGAGGGCCAAAGCUACCAGUGAUCGAGCUGCUCCAGACAAUGGGGAUGAAAUGCAAGAACCCACAGCGCCAGUUUUCAUCCGUAAACUCCGUAAAGCAGCUGUAGGAACAGGAUGUGAUAUCCGACUGAGGGUGUCGGUGUCUGGACAUCCAAAACCUUCGCUGACCUGGUACCACAACAACAAGCUACUUCCUCCAUCAGAAGACCAGGACUCGGGGGGCCUGUGGAUACGGGACUGCCGCACCAGUGAUGCUGGCUUGUAUACCUGCAUGGCGACCAACGAACUGGGAGCGGCAGACUGCAGCGCUGUCUUGGCGGUUAUGGACCUUGGUGAAGACUCUGAGACCACAGAGGAUGAAACCACAGAACCUCAGAUGGAAACCAAAGAGGGGCCCGGGAGGCACCAGGACAAGGCCGGUCGCAGAGGACCUCCAGGUGAAGGAGGAAGGAUGAUGGACUAUAACCCGGAUGCCUCAGACCGCAGGGCCACUCUGCCUGGUUCCUAUGACCCGGUGGUGGAGCGGGAGCUCCGCGCUCUAGGCUCUCGCCCCCCAGGGUCCCAUCUGGACCCCGCAAACCCAGCCAGGGCUCAAACUGCUGAUGAAUCACAGGGGUUCUCGUCCCAGGUCCCUCUGUCCUCCCCCCAACCACCUCUCAGCACACACAAAAACAGCAUCAGCACCCAGAAACAAGAACCGGACAAACCCAAACCUUCAGACCCCCGAACCUCGAAAACAGACCAAACAUCUAACAGUCUCGUCAUGACGCCCAAACUGGCUCGUGCAGGACCCAAGAUCUUUGACAAAGUCUGGGCUUUUGAGGAGCGAAGGUCCAGCAUGGAUCUGCCAGGAAGGGCAGCUGCCUUUGACUCGGACGACAGCAUAAAGAAGACAGGAGGCCCCAGCAAAGAGGAGGGCCAAACCCAGCAGGGAGCAGCGCACCGGCGAGCAGCGUUCAAGCAAAGGGCCUCUUCAUUAGAGGACAGGACCAGCUACUCGCAGAGGGUCCAGAGCUACCAGAGCAAGUUUGCAGAAGAGCUCCAAAGGAUCAAGAAACUUGUGGGGAAACCAAGCUUGAAGAAGGCGUAUUCCACUGAGCAGCUGUCGCAGAAAGACAGGCUGAACCCAGGGAAGCUAGAACCCAUUCCUCCCCUCGUGGUCAAGAAGCUGGAGGCGAGGGAGCGAGCGCUGGAGGACGGUAGCGCUGGAGACAGAGUCCUGCAGAGUCCUCCACAGGCCCACGGCAAACGUCUGGAGAAUCAGAGCAGCAACCCUGAAAAGGACAAGAUGACACAUUCAGAUUCACAGGGGAAACCGGCAGAAAGCUCAUCACGACGAAGCACGGGGAAAAUCUCUGUUGCCAUGGAAACGGCACCAGUUCACCAGUUACCAGGGCAACCAUUGCCAACAGCCACAAGGACAAGCUUCAUCAGGGAAACCCUACAAAGCUCUCAGGCAGCUGAAAAAGACACACUUGAUGCCACAUCGCACAAAUAUUCAUCCUCCUCCAGAGACCAGGGGACGGCUUCAAGGAGAGGCACCGAGAUGGACAACGGAGCAGAACGCAGAUCAGCCAGCCCAACAGGAAAGAAAGCAUCCCCAGGAACUGUGAGGGAACCAGGGCCCCAGCAUCCAGCCAAGCCACCACGGCGCACCCCAUCACCCACUCCUUCCAUCAGCCCCUUCCUGAAAAGGAGGAAGGCGGAAGCAGGGAGGACAUCUCCAGCCUUGAAGAUGAACAUCCCCGCUAUCCUGGUGGAGGAUGAGCCCAUGGAGACAGAAAGAGUUGCAGACAAGAGCAAGACCAGGAGGAGCAAGAAAAGCAAGAAAGGCCGUUCUACUCAACCCAGGUCUCCAGAGGAAGGGGCUUCGUCUGAUGACUCCUACCGGUCUGCUGACGAGGAGCCGGCCGAGGGCCCGAGCUUCGAGCAGCCUCUUCAGGACACCAUGGCGCCGAGCGCCUCAGAGGUCACGCUGAAAUGUAUCAUCACUGGCAGCCCAUCGCCCACAGUGACGUGGAGGAAGAACGGUGUGGAGAUACGGAGCGAUGCCUUCCAUGUGGUCAGAGCUGAGGGCCAGCAGCACAGUCUGCUCAUAAAGGAGAUGAGGCCGAACAACGCCGGGUCGUACUGCGUCACAGCUGUCAGCGCGGCGGGCAGCGCGUCCUGCAGCGCUGUGCUCUACAUCCAGUCAGAGCCAACCCACCUACAAAGUGGGAAAUCAGCCUUUGCCCUGGACGCCAGCAGUCCACUGCAGUCCGAUGAGGAGUAUCUGAGCCCUCAGGAGGAGGCCAUGGAGGUCUCACCUGCUCAGAGCAAAAGGGUCCAUUUCAAAGAGCCUCCCUCAUUUCAGGUGGCGCCGUGUGACCAGCGGGUCGCUGAGGGUCAGGAUGUUGUUCUGUUGGCCAGAAUCAGAGGGCAGCCCAAACCCAUGGUUUCCUGGUUGAAGGACAGAGUCACAGUGAGGACGGCAGGGCGCUUCGCUGUGCGAGAGAUAGAAGAUGACACCAGUGAAAUGAGGAUCAGCUCGGCUAAGAGGUCAGAUGCAGGGCUUUAUGUCUGCAAGAUCCUCAGUGAGCACGGAGCCCAGCAAGCCGAGUGCCGAGUGGAGGUCAGAGCAGCUGGAGGACAAACGGCGCUGAGAAUCACCAGGGAGGUAAAAGAUGUGGCAGUGAAGGCCGGAGAGUCGGCCACGUUUGAAUGUCACGUUACAGGACCUGCAGAUGUGGAUGUGGACUGGCUGUCCAAUGGGAAGCUCAUCCAGCCAGCACUGCUCAACUGCAAGAUGCACUUUGACGGGAAGAGGUGCCGUCUCAUGCUGAACUCGGUCCAUGAGGACGACAGUGGGACAUACACCUGCAAGCUGAGCACUGCCAAAGAGGAGCUGACCUCCUGUGCAAACCUGAGGGUCGCUCCAUCCCAGGAGCCUCUGUUCACCCGUAAACUGGACGUCUUGGAGGUCAUCGAAGGUCGUACUGCCCGUUUUGACUGUAAGGUGAGCGGCUCACCUGCCCCUCGAGUCACAUGGAUGCAUUUUGAGACACGAGUGGAGGAGAGUGAUAAUGUUCGCAUACUUCAGGAGGGGGGUCGUCACUCACUUGUCAUCACCCACGUUAGCAGCGACACAGAAGGCUUUUACACAGCAGUAGCUCAGAACGUUCAUGGCAAGUGUGAAUGCACUGCUGAGCUCUACAUGCAGGAACCCAGAGCUGCCGUCGCCUCUCAUAUGGCGAAGCUGGAAAAGAUGCCAUCCAUCCCUGAAGAGCCUGAAAUGUUGGAAAAUGAGGUGGAGAAAAGGACCAUGCCGGACUUUGUCAAACCUCUGGCUGAUGUGGAAGUGAUUGAAGGGAAGGAGGCGGUGCUAAAGUGCAAGGUGGCGGGUCUGCCUUACCCAACCAUAGCCUGGUACCACAACGGCAAGCGCAUCGAGAGCAGCGACGAUCGCAAAAUGACUCAGUACAGGGAUGUCCACAAUCUGGUCAUUCGGAGCGCUUGUCACGCUCACGGGGGCGUCUACAAGGCUGUCAUCUCCAACAAAGCUGGCAAAGCAGCCUGCUAUGCUCAUCUAUAUGUCACAGAUAUUGUUCCAGACCCUCCUGAUGGUCCUCCAGUGAUUGAGGUUAUUACCGGAAAAAAUAUAAGUUUGAGCUGGAAGCGACCAAAGAGGACUGACCCCACGUUUGAUACCGGCACCUUGCUGUAUGUGGUCCAGCAGCAGCCGCUGGGCUCAAUCCAGUGGUCCAUUGUGGCAUCUAACCUGAGGGAGACAAACUACACGGUCACCUCACUGUCCAAGGGAGUCCGUUAUGCUUUCAGAGUUCUCACGUCCACUGGAAAGACUCUGAGCAAACCAUCGGCCUCCACUGACCUGGUCCAGCUGCUGGACAGAGGACCGUAUUUAAGGAAAGCGCCUGUCAUUUUGGAGAAACCAGAUGUUGUGUAUGUGGUUGAGAACCAACCUGCAAGCAUCACCAUCACACUGAACCAUGUGCACGCAGCUGUCACCUGGAAAAGGAGGGGCGUGCUGUUGCUUAACAGACCGGGGAUGUUUGAGAUGAGCAUGCCAGAUGACGACCAACACACCCUGAAGCUGCAGCGAGUCAAGAGCACCGACAUCGGUCAGCUACUCGUCACCGCCAGCAACCAGUUUGGCAGCGACCUGUGCACGCUUCAGCUGGCCAUGGCAGUGGCUCCUAAAUUUGAAAGCAUCAUGGAGGAUGUGGACGUGCACGUGGGGGAGACGUCCCGUCUGGCUGUUGUGGUUGAAGGAAAGCCAGAUCCAGAUAUUCUCUGGUAUAAGGAUGACGAGCUUCUCUCUGAGAGCAGCCACUUCACGUUUGUGUAUGAUGACCCAGAAUAUUCCCUUGUUGUCCUCAACGCUCAUCCUGAUCACUCUGGCGUGUACACCUGCACUGCCAAGAACCUGGCCGGCUCGAACUCCUGCAAGGCUGAGCUCACGGUUCACACAGAGCGACAGGAAGCAGCGGAGCCAAUGGAGGACGAGGGAACCAUUCUGAGGAAGAUGAGACGUUUGACAGAUUACUAUGAUGUCCACAAAGAGAUCGGGAGAGGGGCCUUCUCCUAUGUGAAGAGAGUGAUGCACAAGAAGGGGAAGCUUGAGUUUGCUGCCAAAUUCAUUUCUGCUCGACGAAAAAGGAAAGUGUUGGCCCUCAGAGAGAUGGAUCUGCUGUCUGAGCUGGACAACGAGAGGAUUCUCUAUUUUCAUGAUGCUUUUGAGAAGAAGAACAUGGUGGUGCUCAUCACCGAGCUAUGUCAUGAGGAGCUGCUGGAAAGAAUGGCCAAGAAAACAGCCGUCAUGGAGCUGGAGAUCCGCAGCAGUGUUCAGCAGGUUCUGGAGGGUCUUCGUUAUCUGCAUCAGAAGAGCAUUGCUCACCUCGAUAUAAAGCCAGAAAAUAUUUUAAUGGCAAGUCCAGGGAGUGAUCACAUUCGUAUUUGUGACUUUGGAAACGCCAUUAAGCUGGAGGCUUCAGAGGAGCACUACAGCAAGUACGGCACGCCAGAAUAUGUCGCACCAGAGAUUGUUAACCAAACUCCCGUCUCCACGAAAACAGACAUAUGGCCGGUUGGAGUCAUCACGUAUCUCUGCCUGACUGGCGUGUCUCCGUUUGCUGGUGAGAAUGACAGAGCGACUGCCCUGAACAUCCGCAACUACAACGUGGCGUUUGAGGAGAGCAUGUUUUCUGACCUCUGCAAAGAAGCAAAGGGAUUCGUCAUCAAGCUUCUGGUGGUGGACAGACUGAGGCCCAGUGCCACUGAAUGCCUCCGGCAUCCUUGGUUCAAGUCACCAACAAAUAAGAGCAUCAACACAGCCAUGCUGAAGCAAGUUUUGUCUAGAAGACGAUGGCAGCGUUCCCUUAUCAACUACAAAUCGAAGAUGGUUAUGCGAUCAGUCCCAGAGCUCCUGAAUGACUCAUGCAGCCAUGUCUCCAUUGCUGUGGCCCGGCAUUUAAAACAGGGCUCCCCUCCACCCUCCUCUUCCUCAGACUCAGAUGCAGAUGUGGAUGAGCUUCCCUUUAUUCCUAUGCCGCUGUCCAUGGUCUUUUCAGGCUCCAGGGUCUCCCUUAACGAGAUCCCAGGGGAUGAGGAUGUCAGUGGAUGGUGCACCGAUAAGACGAGGAAAAGGAACGACGUGGAUGUCGUAGGUACUAGAGGAGGGGCUGGUAAAAGGCUGACAGAUGAAGAAAAAACCCCAAAUGAGGAGAAAAUGAAGAAGACUAAACGAGCUCCCCUUAAAAAAGGAUCAAGUGUGGAGUCGGAUGAAUUGCAGACCAAAGCCAGACGGGCUACCAUGAGGAGAGGCAGCUCUGCUGACUCCGCACUGCUUCUCCACAUUGACCCAGAAGAGGGGAAUGCAGAUGAGGAUUCAGAGGCAAAUAACAAGAGCCUGAAAAAGGCUGUUUCCAUGGAACUACCGAAUCGCAGCCCGAGCCCUGGGGCUGCAAAGUUAAGCCAGGAGGAUUAUGCCCUAAAACUGGAACUGAUGAGACAGCGGCUGCUCAGGGGAGGCAACAUCGACAAAAAGAUGAGCGGCCUGCGAGGGCCCUUGUUUGAAACGCUUGGCAUGGAAGAUGAGCGGCAGACGGGGUCUCUUGAUCGUAACCUGAGGAGAUCCAGAGCGGGGCCAUCAACACUCACCAGAGCAGCAUCUUCUGACAGUCCCGGAGAGGACACAGCAAAGACGAGAGUAUUUCAAAAAAGCGCUUCCUUUACUCAGGGGGACUCGGAGCCCAUGCCCCUGCACCGCAGGUUUGGAGCCCCCUUAGAGAUUCCCUCUUUGGGCAAUGGUAGCAUAGACGGUAAGAAGCUCCAAGAGGCAACCUCAAUGUCUGCACUAACAGAACAGACAACACUGGAGUCUUCAGAGAGGAAUUCUUUUGUGUUCCCAGCAUCAGGAAGACCAGAGCACCAGCAGAAACAGAACAAUGUGAAAGAAGGUGAGGACGUAACAGAGAAAAGGACCACACCCCAGUUAGAGAAGACAGAUAAGGCAGAAUGCGACUCACCCUCAGUUAUUACUCCUAUCAUUGUAAUAGAGGAGGAAGAUGAUGAGGAAGACAGAAGCAGAGAGCAGGUGCUGCAUAUUAAUGAAAUGGAAACUAAAGGAAAUGAGAAAACCCCACAGAAUAGGAAGCCAUCACCUGACAAAGAUCCUACAGUCAAGACAGACGACACAAAGUCCACAGAUGCAUGUCCCUUACCUGAACAUCCAGCAGUGUUUGCCAGAGUAGCACCUGCUGACAGAUCUCCUGUCGCCGUUUCCUCCACAUCAAACCCUGAUCUUCCGGCUGUCCUUCGGCAGCCGCUGCUCAGGACGGACAUCAAAGACAUCGACUCAGAGGAGGUGUUUGAAGCGAGGUUUAAGAAGCGGGAGUCCUCUUUGACCCGUGGCCUCCGAAAACUGACCAGAAACAAAUCAGAGGAGAAAUCCCCUGUAUUAAGCCGCAAGGUGGUUGAGGGGAGUGAAGAGGUUUAUAGGCCGGGGCCAAGAGGGGCUCCUCUGGAAAUGGUAUCCAAAGGACUACAGGAGAAAUCCAAAUCUGUUCAAGAUCUAAGAGGAGAAGAUCAGGAAACAGGACUGGGUCUAAUUGGGAGGUUGUCCUUACGGGCAAAAAGGUCAACAUCCACUGAGAAGAAGGGUGAGAAACCAAAAGAGGAAAAGCAACAAAAUGUGCAGGAAAGUGCAGCAAACAAGAGGGUUUCGUGGGCUAUUGGUCGCAGCAAAUCCCUGGAUACGAAGGAGCUGAACAGGGCACAGAGGCAGCUCGAUGAGAGGGAGCAAAGGAAAGCAGAGGAGUCAUCGGUUUCUGCUAUGAGGCGCAAGUUUGAGUCCAAAGUGGCAGGAAUCUCUGCCAAAAUAAGGACUCAGUCAGAGGAGAGGAAGGAUAAAGACACCGGGGGGAGUCAGAAAGAGCUGCUUCAAAAGGAUGUGAAUAAGGUCACAGACUCUCCUGUCCUGGCAAUGCGACAGAAGUUUGAGAACCAAGUGGCAGGAAUCUCCAUGAAACUCCGUAGUCAGUCUGAGGAGAGGAAAGGAGAUGACGAGGGAAAAAGCACGCCACCUUUUACUCGCCACCGUCAUUGCCAAUCGGAGGGCCGUGGACUCAAAGGAAUGGGCAUCCCUGAGAACCAGCUGGCAAAGCAGACCUGCGGUGCAGCGUCCAAGGAAUCAGUCGAGUCCACAUCAAGCAUUCAGUCCGAAAAAGCCUCGGAGAGUGACAGGCGGUCUCGGUGGGACAGGUGGGGUUUGACCAGGAGCAAGAAAGACAAAACUCCUUCCCAGUCCGAUUUGCCCUCAGCCGUCCCCAAAGAGGAAGGUUUAACAAAAAGCCAGCAGUUUAUCCGCUCGGCCUCAGACUUCGCUCCGGUGUUCCACAUCAAACUGAAAGACCACGUCUUAUUGGAGGGCGAGCCUGUCACUCUCAGCUGCCUGCCAGCCGGCAGUCCACAUCCAGAGAUUACAUGGAUGAAAGAUCGGAAAGCGCUGGAGGUGGAUGACAGAAUGAGCCUGAUCUCCCACCCGGACGGCAGACAGCUUCUUAUGAUCGUGAAGUCCAGCCACAGGGAUGCUGGCGUUUAUGAAUGUGUAGCUACCAACGCCAUAGCUAGCAUCACCACCACCUGCACACUCACCAUAGCUUGUGUUCCGAAACGACCAGGGACCCCUGAAGUUCCUCAGACUUAUAACAACACAGCGCUGGUGCUGUGGAAGCCGGCAGACACCCAAUCCCCCUGUAGUUACUCUCUGGAAAGAAAAACAGAAGGUGACUCGAACUGGUUAACCGUGGCCACCGGAGUGGUCGACUGCUACUACAAUGUCACAGACCUGCCAGCAGGGGGCAGUUUCAGGUUCAGAGUCUGUUGCGUGAACAAGGCUGGUCAGGGGCCCUACAGCAGCUGUUCUGCUGCAGUCAGCCUGGACUCAGCAGAUGUCGGAGCUUCACCUGCCAUCGCCGUCGUAAAGACAGUCCCUCCUGUACCAGUAGUGACCUCCUCAGUGACUGUCCCUCCACUCAGACCAGUCCAGAGCAAUCCUCCCAGAACAACCGUCUCCAUCAUCACCUCCACCUCCACUGCAGUCUCUCCAUCCUCUCUGCCCUCCAGCUCUCCACCAAACCCUCCAUCUGAGGGCACAACAACUGAGGAAGCUCAAAAAAUAAGCUCCACUCUUCCUUCUUUGCCUACAGUCAAAGCACCGCCACCCUUUGUCCUCCCCAAACCACAGAGUCCAGUAAAUGUGGUGACCCCCAUGACCCAGACCCCACCCAUAUCACCCCCACCUGUUCUUGUAACCCCACCUUCAACUCCCACAAAGCCAGUUGUGGCCUCGGUGCCCACGUACGUCCCCGCAUCCACUGCCACUGCUCGGAUAGCCCCCUCUCCUGUGUCCUUCUCCCCACCAGUCCUGCAGAUCUCAAGCCUGAGCCCCAUUGGUGAAGGAGCCAGUACACCCAGCAGAGGAACGCCGUCAGGACGAACCACACCCUCGACUGCUCUACGACAAGGCGUUCCUCAGAAGCCAUACACUUUCCUCGAUGAGAAAGCCAGGGGCCGGUUUGGAGUUAUUCGAGAAUGCAGAGAGAACGCAACGGGUAAAAUCUACAUGGCAAAGAUCAUUCCCUACAACCAGGAAAACAAGCAGGACAUCCUGAAGGAGUACGAGCUCCUGAAAUCCCUUCACAAUGAAAGAGUCAUGGCUCUGCACGAAGCCUACGUGACGCCGCGCUACCUGGUGCUGGUCGCAGAGUACUGCACCGGCAAAGAGCUGCUUUACAGCCUCAUAGACAGGUUCCGUUACUCUGAGGAUGACGUGGUGGGUUACCUGGUCCAGAUCCUCCAGGGAGUCGAGUACCUCCACACCCGUCGGGUCCUCCACCUGGACCUCAAUCCCGACAACAUCAUGGUGACGAACCUCAAUGCCAUUAAGAUUGUGGAUUUUGGGAGUGCUCAGAGCUUCAACCCUCUGAACCUCAAACACCAGGACUCAGGAGCAGGAACGCUGGAGUACAUGGCUCCUGAAAUGGUGAAAGGUGACGUGGUUGGUCCUCCUGCAGAUAUCUGGACUGUUGGUGUUGUCACCUACAUCAUGCUCAGUGGUCGACUGCCCUUUGAAGAUAAAGACCCUCAACAUGUUGAAUCCAAAAUCCUGAUGGCCAAGUUUGAACCAACAAAACUGUACUCAAAUGUGUCCCAAAGUGCCUCCGCCUUUCUCAAGAAGAUGCUGAGCAGCUACCCAUGGGCCCGUCCGACUACACGAGACUGCUUUACGCAGGCCUGGCUGCAGGACUCCUACCUAAUGAAGCUGAGGAGACAGACUCUCACCUUCAACUCCAGCCGACUCAAGGAGUUCCUGGUGGAGCAGCAAUGCCGUCGCACAGAGAGCGCCACCAAGCACAAGGUGCUGCUGCGAACCUACCAGAGCUCAGCUCAGUCCCCAGCGUCCGGCACGGCGCCGCAUGUUCCCAGCCCCAAGUGAGACGACAGGGAACCGGCAGCGCCGGACAGAAGACAGCGCCCCAAUAGCUCCUGUGUGAACCACUGCUGCAUGACAAAUGUCAGCCUGCCCAGCCAGGCGAGCUCAGAGGGGACAGGCAGACAGCUGGAUAUGGCAGAAACACACAGGAGUCCAUACGCUGUUCUGGAGUAAUUCAAGAUUCAGUACCAGUGGGAUUCUGAGAAGAAACAAAAAUCCAGUCCCAGGGAAGCAGUGAUGUGUUCAUUGAAUUUGUGACGUGGGGAACUGCUCACGAACUGGCCAUCCAAUGAAAGGACACAGGAUGUUCUUUGGUUUCCUUUGAUUGCACAAUUUCUCAGUCAUGUUGUGAAUUCUGAAAUUGCACAUUCAUAUAUUUAAUUGAGAUAAACUUUGGUCUUCACUCUGCACGAUCAGCCUGGAACAUGUGCGUCAUUAGUUCUUGUUUAUGCCACUAAAUCUAGUAAACAACUCAUGUGAAUGUACCAUGAAUUAAGCUGCUAACUUGUUUUUGCAUUUAGUCACAUUUUAAAACUCAAAACCAAAAAUAUCUCUUUUUUUUCUCCUUUGGAAUUGUUUACUUUUUUCAUGUUAAUUUAUUUGCAUGUGUGUGUGCGUGUGUGCACGAGCAUUUUUGAUUCACUCUUCAAAUUAGCAUCAAAGCAAAAAAAAAAGAUCUAAUAAACACAAGGAGCAUCUUUGUGAUUGGUGUUCAGAGUCACAGAGAAAAUGACCUGUUUUAGGCUGAGCUAGGACUUUGUAGUACAACUUCUUGUUAUGUGGUUAACUCUUAACUGUAACGCAACUAUGACGAGCAGUUGUAAUGUAGAUAACGUUCUAAUCUGAAAAGUCACCACACGCUGGUCGAUUGUCAGUAUUACCCAGCGGCUGGUCAGGCGGCUCCUGAUCAGCCAGUCAGUGCCUGAAUCGGAUUAUUAUCCAAAAUGUUAAUCCUGUAAAUGUGUCUCUACUGGUUCUAAUUCACAACCAAUGAAUUAUCUGAAUAAAGCAAACAUGAAUGACAACGUUUGGACUUUGCAGCAGCAGACAGACGCAUACAGGUGUAACAUGCGUGUUUCUACAUGCAGUCCUUGUAAUAAUAAACGUCUUGUGUUUUGCUCUAUCAGUGUUACUUUUGUAUGACUUUGGACGGUUGACGAUUUGUAAAUGUACCAAUUUGCGGUGUUUAUAAGUGGAAUAUGUUUUUAUGACAUAGUAUGUAAUAAACUAUUGAUACAAUUGGGAA